UUUCUUAUUGAUUUUCUAUAAAAAGCCCAUUUCUAUUUGCCAGUACCUAAGGGGAUCACUGGUACACUCCUCGUAGUAGUAGCUUUUUCCACUAACUCACAUUUUUCUUCCACCAAAACUUUAGCCAUGGCAGAUCAAUUUCUCAAACCCUUCCUCAUUUUCGCCUUCCUCACCAUCCUUGCCUCCCACAUUUCAGUCUCAGCUACAACAAUGACAUUGUACAACAAAUGUAGCCACGCAGUGUGGCCAGGGAUUCAGCCAAGUGCAGGCAAGCCAGUUCUGGCUCGUGGAGGGUUCAAACUUAUGCCAAAGAAGGCUUACAGACUUAACCUACCGGCUGGGUGGUCCGGUCGAGUUUGGGGUCGUCAUGGGUGUGCUUUUGAUGCAUCUGGACGUGGUCGUUGUGCUACAGGGGACUGUGGUGGUGCGCUAUUUUGUAAUGGUAUUGGUGGAACCCCACCAGCUACACUUGCUGAGAUUACUUUGGGUAAUGAACAGGAUUUCUAUGAUGUUAGUCUUGUAGAUGGCUAUAAUCUAGCCAUCUCUAUAACUCCAUUCCGAGGCAAAGGGAAAUGCAGCUAUGCUGGAUGUGUGAGUGACUUGAACACAAUGUGUCCAGCGGGUCUGCAAGUGAGGUCUCAUGAUAAGAAGCAAGUGGUGGCUUGUAAAAGUGCCUGCUCAGCUUUCAAUUCUCCAAGAUAUUGUUGCACUGGAACUUUUGGAAAUCCACAAUCUUGCAAGCCAACUGCAUACUCAAGGAUAUUCAAGACUGCUUGCCCCAAAGCUUACUCAUAUGCUUACGAUGAUCCCACUAGUAUUGCAACUUGCACUGGUAGCAGCUACUUGCUCACUUUCUGUCCUCACCACUAGUCUCUUGUUUUUUCCGGUCUUAUUAUUAUAUCAGUAUCACAUAUAUGAUCGUCAUUUUAGUCUUCACCUUUUCUCUCUAGGUUUAGAUUUCUUGCUACAUCUAUCUUACUACUAGUAUAUUGUAUUAUCAUCAUCAUUAGUAUUAUUAGUAUCACUGGUGGUGAACUGUUUGGUUAAUUGGUAGCAGUAAUUAUUUCAAGUUAUGUCAAA